CUCAAGUAGAAAAAGAAGACCAGAUGAAUGAAACUAGCCCAUCAAAGUAUCUUUUCUUACACUGCCUGAAGUGUUGUCGUUUAACAAGAAUGUGUGUGUGUAUUUAAAGGGACUCCGAUAUGUUAGGGCUUCCUUAUGUUAUGUAAAACAAUACAGCAAUUAUUAAUCUCAAUGCUCCUUCCAUUUCUAUCUCUCUCACUCUCUUUCUCUCUCGAUCUUCUUCAAUUCUUCUAUCGAUAGGCUCAGUAUCUGUUUUUCUUUUCUCUUACAUCACUAUAAAACCCAUUUUUCUAUCUUUCAAUCCGAAGUCUUUGUUAGGUUUUUUUUUUUCUAACUUAACAGUAACAAGAGAUAUCAAAACAUCGAUACAAUCUGAGGAAUGGAUUUGAGUAUCGCUUAAUAAAGUUUUGAUCUUUGGGUUUAGUUAGAAACAGAGAAUAUUUGGGGAUUGUACAUAUUGAGAGGUAUAAAGGUGAUAAUGAUACCGGAACUGGGGAGAAGACCGAUGCAUAGAGGUAACGAAGAUCCAUCAUUUGGGGAUGAUUAUGAGAAAGAAAUUGGAGUAUUGCUCGGUGAGCAGCAGCGACGCCAAGAAGAAGCUGAUGAGCUUGAGAGAGAGCUUAACUUGUAUAGAAGUGGCUCUGCGCCACCGACUGUGGAUGGUUCUGUUAACGCUGCUGGAGGACUUUUUAACGGCGGAGGUAGGGGUCCUUUUUUGGAGUUUGGUGGAGGUAAUAAGGGUAAUGGGUUUGGUUCUGAUGAUGAGGAGUUAAGGAAAGAUCCGGCUUACUUGUCUUAUUACUAUGCUAAUAUGAAGUUGAAUCCGAGGUUGCCACCGCCUUUAAUGUCAAGGGAGGAUUUGAGGGUUGCUCAGAGGGUUAAAGGGAGUAGCAACGUGUUAGGUGGUGUUGGGGAUCGGAGAAAUGUGAAUGAGAGUAGAUCUUUGUUCUCUAUGCCACCUGGUUUUGAUCAGAUGAAGCAGCAUGAGUUUGAGGCUGAGAAAACUAGUGCUUCUUCUUCUGAGUGGGAUGCUAAUGGAUUGAUCGGUUUGCCAAGUUUGGGGAUUGGAGGCAAGCAGAAGAGUUUUGCUGAUAUGUUUCAGGGUGAUCCUGUCGUACAGCAGCCCUCACGUCCUGCAAGUCGUAAUGCCUUUGAUGAAAAUGUUGACUCUAAAAAUAAUCUGUCUCCAUCUGCAUCACAAGGCAUUGGCACACCAUCUCCAUACAGCUAUGCAGCUGUUCUGGGCUCUUCUUUGUCUAGAAAUGGAACUCCAGAUCCACAAACCAUUGCUAGGGUGCCUAGUCCCUGUCUUACUCCCAUUGGGAGUGGGAGAGUGAGUUCAAAUGAUAAGAGGAACACAAGUAACCAAAGCCCGUUCAACGGUGUUACAUCUGGUCUCAACGAGUCUUCUGAUCUCGUCAAUGCUUUAUCUGGGUUGAACCUCUCAGGUAGUGGCGGGUUAGAUGAACGGGGUCAGGCUGAGCAAGAUGUCGAAAAGGUCAGGAACUAUAUGUUUGGACUUCAAGGUGGGCAUAAUGAAGUCAAUCAACACGUUUUCCCAAACAACUCUGAUCAAUCCCAUAAAGGAACAGGUUCUUGGAAGAAUCCACAGUUGAGAGGGUCACAGGGAUCUGCCUAUAGUGAGGGAGGUGGACUGGGUACUCAUUACCAGCAUCUUGAUAGCCCAAACUACUGUCUGAACAACUAUGCACUAAAUCCAGCUGUAGCUUCUAUGAUGGCUAGCCAACUCGGGAAUACUAAUUUUUCUCCAAUGUAUGAAAAUGUUUCUGCAGCAUCUUCUUUGGGAUUAUCUGGAAUGGAUUCCAGACUUCAUGGGGGAGGUCAAAAUCUCUCUGAACCACGUAAUCUUGGCAGGUUCAGUAAUCGAAUGAUGGGAGGAGGCGCUGGUUUACAGUCUCAUAUGGUAGACCCUAUGUAUAAUCAGUAUGGGAGGUUCUCUGAGAAUGUUGAUUGCCUUGAUCUUCUUAAUGAUCCUGCAAUGGACAGGAACUUUAUGAAUAAUUCAUACAUGAAUAUGCUUGAACUCCAGAGGGCCUAUCUCGGAGCUCAGAAAUCACAGUAUGGUGUUCCUUACAAAUCUGGGAGCCCUAACAGCCAUAGCGAUUAUGGGAGUCCAACAUUUGGGUCUAAUAUGUCAUAUCCUGGUAGCCCAUUGGCUCAUCAUCUUCUGCCAAAUUCUCUUGUGUCACCUUGUAGCCCUAUGAGACGAGGUGAAGUUAAUAUGCGAUAUCCAUCUGCAACAAGAAACUACCCGGGAGGCGUAAUGGGUGCUUGGCACAUGGAUGCUAGUUUGGAUGAAGGCUUUGGAUCGUCAAUGCUGGAAGAGUUCAAAAGUAACAAAACAAGAGGAUUCGAACUUUCUGAAAUAGCUGGCCAUGUUGUAGAGUUCAGUUCGGAUCAAUAUGGGAGCCGGUUUAUUCAACAGAAACUCGAGACAGCAACAACUGAUGAGAAAAACAUGGUUUAUGAGGAGAUCAUGCCACAAGCUCUCGCCCUGAUGACAGAUGUUUUUGGAAACUAUGUGAUUCAGAAGUUCUUUGAGCAUGGACUACCGCCACAGAGGAGAGAAUUGGCGGAUAAACUCUUUGACAAUGUUUUGCCUCUUAGCUUACAGAUGUAUGGUUGUCGUGUUAUCCAGAAGGUAAAGUCUAGUUCUCACCGGUUUUACUGA